UUCGUUGCCAUUCACCGGUUUGCGACCUUGUAGAGAAGCCCGUGGAUACCGGUACUGAAGCUGAAACCUAGGUAGAUUACCUAGCCUAGCUAGCUCAUUUGUCUGCCUAUACAAUCGACAUUUCAAUUCGUCGUUCUCCCCUCUCCAAGCCUACCUACCUACCUACCUAGGUAGGCAGUGUGACAACCUCAAGAACCUCCCGUAGCUUACCUCCUAGGUAGCAUCUUCCGCUCAUUCUUGCAGCGUCCUAUCCACCUCAAGGGAAGCACCGUUCACCGUUCUACCGACUGUGCCUUCGAGCCAGCCAGAUGGCUCUAUUCCCUUCUCCCGUGCUGUAGGCUCCUCCUCCCGCUGCCAUGUCUGGACGCAAGCUUGGAGGAGGUCGGGUCUUGGGGAGUGGGAGGGGACUCGCGCCUCCAGUGUCGCCCGCCGUUCGCAGAGAGAGCGCAACGAGUCCCUCCGUACCAUCCGAUAGCACCUUGUCUCUCGGCUCGCCUGCUGCUUCUGUUUCGCCCACCGCCUCGAGCCCCCUGCCCGACUUCUCUCAGGACCUGACUUCCAACAUCAGCCUCGCCGGCCCCAGCGACAUAGGCAAUGCGAGCUCAAGCCUCGUCUGUCCCAUCUGCAAUGAGGAGAUGCUCACCCUCUUGCAGUUAAACCGCCACAUCGACGAUAACCACCAGGAACUACCCGAGUUCGAGCAAGACGAGGUCAAGUCGUGGAUAGAUAAACAGGUCCUCAAAGCGAAGCGUUUCCAGCCUCUUUCUCUUAUCAAUCAGAAAUUGCGAGGUCUCGACGUCUUUGAAUCCAACGAGUCGGCGUCCCCUCCUCCGCCAGUAUCUGCGAGAACCUCGAGAGCACCCGCUCCUGAAACCCACAUCGACCCUGACGAUUUGAUAAACACUUCACACUGGCAAAGGUCAGGGCUCAACGACUUAUGUACAGACCCGGCUUGUGGCAAGCGCCUUGGCGCCGUCAACGGCAGCAUCAACUGUAGGCAAUGCGGUCGUUUAUUCUGUGAGGAGCAUACCAUGUACCAGAUGAAGCUCUCGAGAUUGGCUGCGCACGAACCCGUAAGAGGUUACUGGUAUAGGGUCUGUGAAACAUGCUACAAGUCGAGAGAGGGCUACAAUGAUCAUAAUGGCUUUACGAGGGACCACACCCAAAGCUUUACAGCCAUGCGGAGGAAGAGAGUGGACAAGCAGACACUCGAAGUUUCGCGUCUCGAAAAACGGCUCACCAAACUGACACACUUACUGGCAAAUCCUCCCAGUACGGUAUCGACCAGUAGCGGUGGAACUUUGCUAUCUCCCGUUUCGUCUCUCAACGGCCAGCGAAAUCAGCGCAAGCUUCUGGAGCAGUCGGUUGUAACCUGGGAGGAAGACGCCAAGGUUCCCAGGUGUCCAUUCUGCCAGCAGGAAUUUGGAUCAUGGACCUUCAGGCGUCAUCACUGUCGCAUAUGUGGGAGGGUGGUAUGCGCGGAUCUCCAGACUGCAUGUUCAUCCGAGGUAGGUUUGAACGUAGCAAGCAAUUCACCUAUGCCAUCAGAGAAAGCGGAAGGCGAGUCCAUGUGCGUCGAUAUAAGAAUGUGUCGCGAUUGCAAAUCGACCCUUUUCUCCAAACGCGAUUUUGUUGAGUCCGUCAUGCGCAAGCCGCCCGAUCAACGAGCAUAUGAGACAUUGAGGCAAUUCGAGCGAGGUAUUCAAUUGUUAUUGCCUACGUUCCAGCGCGCUCUUCUGCCUCUCCAAGAUGAAAACAACCCACCUAGUCAUGCUCAGAUACAAGAAGCUGCUAAACUUCGAAAGCGAUUGACGGAGAGUUUCACCAAGUAUGAUGUGGCGGCCAGACGGAUACGCGAUCUGAAGACAGAUAGCCCGUAUCAGCAGCAGCUACAGAAAGCAAUCUAUCAGGCGGCGUCCUCUUUCCUUCACAUGCACAUGUUACCCCUGAAAAACAUACCCCGAUUAUUAAAGCACCACAGUUCAAAUGGCUCCAAACACCGCCUCAUUGCCAACGGCCAUGUCGCGAGCCCAUUACGGCACGCAGAUAAUUCUGAAACAGCCAGUCAAACAAGCGAAGGGAGUACUGUGAUUUCUGCUCUAGAGACAGAAGAGAAGGACCUACGAGAGCGUCUCAUCGUGCUCGAGGAACAAAAGUAUAUGGUUCAAAAAAUGAUCGAUACAUCGAGGGGCGCGCGGCGAUUCGAAGAAGUGAGCGCCCUCACACGCAACGUAGAGGAGCUUGAACAAGAGAUAGCGGCGGCCAAGGCCAGUGUAAGUAGCGUAGAACAACGCUGGCAGGGCUUAUAUGCCAACGGCAGGCCCACGCUUCCCUGAAUCACGACCGUGUACAGUUUGUACGGGCAGUGAUACCCUGGCGCAACGAAUUUGUGUUGUUGCUCUGAUUUCUUUCAGGUUUUAGGGGUUUGGGGGAAUUAGUCUUCCCAUAUCAUUUGCAUAGCACGGCGCUAGGUUGUUUUUCAAGGGUUG